AGCACUGCUCGAGGGAGCUUGUCCACAUGCGGUAAAUAAAACCUAUAUCAAGUUGAUAACGUUUGUGUAGUUUAUCUGCAGUUAAUUGUGAUUUUGACAGUUGGAAAAGGUUAACUUAACCAAAAAGUGGAAUAUUCAUUUUCUGUUUCCGAAUGAAUUGUAGGAGCUUUCAACGCCCAGUUAAGAAAAUAUUUGUGACUGUAUUGAGGCCAAGGUAACCUUUCCAAACACGAGAUGUGGCCAUUUCUGUCACUGGACCAAAUUGAAGUCCUAAUCAAUGUCAUAAUGAGAGUCCCUGGAUUGCUCAUAAUAGAUUACUGGUGGCAGUAUGACCGCAACAAAUCUCUUCCACAGUCUAUGGCUGCCCAAGAGUUGCUCAAUGCUCUAAUUACUAAUCUUGUUUUGAUUCAUGGACUUCUACUGCUGCUUCUUCCAUUGCCUCGUGUCCGAAUUCUCUACACUCAUUUUGUCAGUGGUGCUUUGUUACUCAGUGCUCACCUGUUGUCUCGACACUACAUUCAUGCUGAGGAACAGAAUUCUGAAGGAGAUGAACACUUCAUCACCCGGCAGAUGGCAGCUUUGGUGGCCCACAUACUUGUUGGUGCUACAGCAUCUUUAUUACUUAGUGGGCCAGCCAAACCCGUGUUUCCAAUCCUAGUGUCUUAUGCAUUGCCUGUUGCUGCUCGUCUGGCCAACUUUCCCGUCGAAGCUCUAGAACUACUUCAUAACUUUGGAAGUGCUGCCAUAGCUAUCAGUGUGUGUAUGUAUGCCUACCAUCAGCUUCCAGCAUUAUUGGACUACUUAAAGAUUGCCUAUUCAGAUGCCAUGCACAUUGUUGAAGUCCAUGGCUUAAUGGGUUUGUUGAGUAUUAUAUGGAACAAGCUCUUUGUUCCUAAUCAUUUCCUAUUGUUUUGGUUAAUUAAGUUUGUAGUGAAACUGUGUGAAAUCCUUUCCCAGCCUGAAAGAGCACAUGUGUGGAGUGAUCACUGGUACAUUGUUGUUUUGACUGCAGCAAGUUCAUUAUGUGCAAGCCCGGUAACUUUGGUAUCAACAUCAGUAACUAUUUCUUACUUGGCUUAUUUUGUAUUGUGCAGUACUAAAGCCUUUCUGCAUGGUAACAUACAAUUUUUAAAUGACAAUCCAAUGCACAGUGGGUGGACAGAAGGUUUGACUAUGGUGUUCUUAGCUCUUCAGGUUGGUCUUACCGAGAUGAAGAUGCCUGCAAGGUUAGCAGCUAUGACUAUUAUUCUUUUUAUUGUCUUAUCCUCAUUACUGCAGUCGGUUCUAGAAAUCACAGAGCCAGUAGUUUUGGCACUGAGUGCAUCGCGUAGUUCAAGUAUUGGUCGACACCUCCGGGCUUUAUGUAUGUGUUGUUUUUUGUUUAUCUUCCCUUUGUACCUAACGUAUGCUUUAAUGCAAGUUUUUCCUAUUGACUUCUGGAUGUUGGUCGUAGUGUCCAGCUGUGUUCUGACAUCAGUUCAGGUGUUGGACCUCCUAGUUGUUCACUCUUUGUUUCUUUAUGAUUCGUCCAGCACGGAGCCCUGGGAAAGUUUAGAUGAUGUCGUUUAUUACACUCGAGCUGUCACCAAGGUUAUGGAGUUCUUUGUAGCAGUGUUUGUUGUUGGAGUGGGGUUCUGGGAAUCUUUGAUUGGUAAGUGGAAUGUUGCUGGCUCCACUAUUCUGCUAAUUCAUUGUUACUUCAAUGUAUGGUUGAGAAUGCAGGCAGGUUGGAAGAGCUUUUUGUUAAGACGAGAAGCAGUGAAAAAAACAGAGGCUAUGCAGACAGCAUCAGAAGAGCAGCUAGCAACAUUGAAUGAUGUGUGUGCCAUCUGUUUCUCGGAUAUGACGUGUGCUUGCAUCACAAAGUGUCAUCACUUUUUCCAUAGAACUUGCUUGAGAAAGUGGCUCUACAUCCAGGAUAACUGCCCUCUCUGUCAUAGCAUCAUCACAGUAGAAUCAACCACAAGUACUCCUGAUGAUAGAACAGAAAGUACCUCAGUCAGUGAAGAAGACAGUCCCCAUAACAUCAGGGAAAACAGUACCAUAGAUUUAGCUCAAGAGACGCGUGAAAGAUAAGGGGGUUACAAGGAAUGAAAACUGGAUUUGAAAAAAUCUUUCAGGUGAUAAGAAUUAAGUGAAAAUUGUACAGUACAGAUAACUAACCCACUGAAUAUGAAAAUAUGUCAUGUAAGCAGAUUUUGUGGUAAAUACAUUUCACUUUUAAGUUUGCUGCAUUUUCAGCUGUUGAUUUGCACUGCAUCUUUGGCCAUGGGAUUGAAGAUAUCUUUUGCUGUUCAAAUAUUUUGGUAUAUUUGUUGCCAAGGGUAGUUUCACAACAGGAGUUGGUGAAAUUAGAAUAACUAUAAUUUUUGUUUGGUUUGCUCUUAAGAACUUUUUGCCUUUUACAAGCUUAUUAAAUUGAAUUUUCUAAUUGGCCAGGUUUGGUUUAAAAAAAUAUACCUUUUUAUAUUUGUUGAGUAAAAAGUCACAAUCAAGCAAAAUAAUUCCAGUUUUAGUUUUCACCUUAUGAAAGUCUGUGUUUUAGUUAUUUCAAGAAUUUGGAAGAUCUGUAGCUUGUAGUAAAGAGAAAUAUUUAUGCACACUGGUCUGAGAUGUUACUAAUACAUGCAGUGAAUCGAAUUACAUACAAACAACUUCUGUUUACAGUAGUAUUUAGUAUAGUUUAGUUAUUUAGAUUUGCAAAUGAAAAUUAGUUUUCUGUUGGCAGUGCUAAUGUUUGCUGUAAUUAAACUGAUGAGAUUGAUUUAAUGGAAAUCAACAUUUGCUAUCUUUUACAGAAACAAGAAUGUUUCUAAAAGUAACUUCAGGAAAUUACUACACUAAAAAUAUGGAUCUUUUAUUAUUAUUACCAGUUCAACUCUUAGUUAAAAUGGAUCAUUUCUUUUUAGCAAAAUGUUAGAAUGAAUACUUUAUAUGGUAAUUACAGGGUAAACAUAAUUUUGAAUGAUUUCCAUUAUCAGUAUCAUAUUUCACCAUGUAUAAAAACAUUACCAAAUUGCUUUUUGUACUGAAAGUCUUAUAAUAACGUUUUAGGUUUUCAAUACUAACAACUCAUGUCAAGUAAAAUACUGAAACACUUAGUAUCAAAAUAUUAUUUAAAAGAAUCAUCCUUUUUUGGCUGAAACAAUAAGUCAUCUGUGCAAUAUUCUGUAAGUUGUGCCGAAUCUCCGAUAAAAUGUUGCAUUACCACAUUACUACUACCUAAUACUUCACUGAUCGGUACGGGUUUCCAGUGAGAAUAGUGCAUUAGUGAUGGUUUGUAUCCUCUUGCUCUCAUCAGACUAGCUAAUCUUCUUGUAAUGUUUCAUCCAGUUCACUUCCUGCACAUGCAUUAUCAAAUGGUUUAAAAACUGUAGAUAGCUGAUCUAACGAGCUCUCAUAAUAGUUAAAGACUUUGCUCUAAGCUGCAUGCAAUAAAUAAGGUAUUUUUAAAACUAAUGUUAAUGCAUUUGUUUUGCUGGAAACCCAGUUUUGUACCAUUUAAUAAUUAGGUAUUAAAAUUAUUAUGUUUAAUAGCAGUUGUAAUGACAUUUUUAACUUUCAUCUUGGCUGAUGUUUUUAUAGUUGUUUUCUUGUGUGAUGUGAUGUUUCACAGCAAAGAAAAAUGAUUGAAGAAUCUUCGAUUUUUGUUAAUGUCAGCUGUAAUUAGAAUCCAGUAUUAAAAAAGGUUCUUUGAUGUUAAUAAAUACCUUAAAAGAGAGUAAUACAAUGAUAGAUAAAUUAUUAUAAAUAUUCUUUUAAAGUGAUAAAUUACAGUGUACUUACUCCUGGUACAGUUAUGUUACUUACAAAUCUUUGUACAGGGGGUUGGCAGCUUUUAGUAGUGUAUUAUAAUAAAGUCAUGCUGUAAGAUACGGUAUUCAAUACUGUAGAUUUAAGAGUUAUCAGCAUUUUUUGUGGACAACUUGCAUGUGCUAAUGGUAAAAACAAAAUGGUGUGCUGCAUACUAGCAGUAAAUAAAAUUAACAUUUGUAAAAAGCUUGUAUGUCAUGCAAGAUUACAUAACUCUCUUACAUCAAUGAAUUUUGUGAAUUAGGCACAUUAAUUAUCCAAAAGUGUAAAAGGAAAUGCAAAUGAAAAUAUCCACUUGUAAACUUUUCAUAAGUGUAUAACAUACCUGUAUAUAUAUUUAAUAAGAAGUGUCAGGUCUAACUAUUGGCCACAUUCCAUUUUUUUUAAAAGUAAUGCUGAGUUGCAUGAAAAUUUAAUUUAAUACUAUUUUUAAAAAUAAUGUUUUAAAAUUUCCAGUGGAUGAAGAAGAGAACGUGUUUUCAAAACAUCUAUUGAUAGUGUUAGAGACAUGACAGUUUCCGCCUUGACUUAUUCUUUCCUUUACAAUGACAUCAGUAUGAAAUAUUGCUUGUUUCACGAGAAACUAUAUAGAAUUUAAGCUAAUUUUUUUUUUUCUUAUCAAUCAGCUUCAGUAUAAAAACAUACCUUUCUGCUCUUAGCAACUGUAUCUUCUGUUGGCUUGCGUACGUACUGAACAUGUGUAAUGUUCAUCUGUCUAAUAGCACACGCUGUACCUGUUGCCCUGUACUUACAUUUUAAAAAUCGGUAAUAUUUUAGAUGGCCCAUUUAUAUUUUGGGAUGAUAUUUACUUUCUUGAUAAUUUUAAAAGGGUUUAUUUAUUACCUGCAUUAUAACAUCGAAAGAUGCUUAUAUGUAACUAUUCCAAUUAAUUUGUCUAGUAAGGAUAGUUGGUUAUAAUUGAUCAUUUAAUUUUACAUUUCUUGCUGUAAAAAGUGUUUUAUAAAUCCUGAGCUUUAACCACUAGUGCCACCUGUUAAUUUUCCAGACUGAAAUGUGACAUAUGUAUAAUAGAAACAAAUUAACUACUGAAUCUACAGAAAUAAAUAUUUGAAGACA